GUCACGGAUUCAAUUCCCGAUAACAGACUCUCCAUAACUGUUGAUGCCAAUAUUGACUAUAAUGCACGGGAAGGAAGGAGCACAGCAGAGGUCAGAGACUCUGCAAAGGGGAAGGUUGCCUCUACAAAAUUUACUCGGAUUAGUACUAAUGGAACUCAAAGUAUCGUUUUAUGUGAACCUAUUACUGGUCGAACUCAUCAGAUACGUGUUCAUUUACAGUAUUCGGGACACCCAAUAGCCAAUGACAUGCUGUACAUCUCAGACCAAACUGUUGAUCGAUCUGUUAAAGGGUUGAGUGCUGAUGGAUCAGCCCGCAUAUCUGAUGUUUCUCUGACAUCAAAAUUUGAUGAAUUGCUCAAUGAAUGCGAAGAAAAUUCCAAUGGAGAUUUUAGCAUUGACCCCAUGUGUACUAAUUGUCCAAAUUUGGCACCCAUAGGAUAUGAUGGUGAUGAAGAAGGUCUAUGGCUACAUUGUAUUCGUUACUCUGGACCUGGAUGGACGUAUGAGUGUCCAUAUCCUGAUUGGGCGAAACUUAGCUAG